AUGAAAACACAAACAGAAAUUACACAGAUCUCUUAUAGAUUCUGUUCAAGUACAUUUCUUGACACGACACUCAUAUCGAAGUCCAACUUGGUCCCUGUGAUAACAUAUGUGCGUGAAAGUGCUGACGAAGACGAAGAGGAGUCAGACAAGGACUCGGAAGAAGAUCUUGAAGAGGAGGAGAACGGCAACAGUGGCGACGGCUCCGAUGAGGAAGACGGAAGCAAUGGUGAGGAAGAAGAUGACGCCGAAGAUGAAGACGAAUUUGAAGACGAAGAUUAUGACGAAGAAUAUUCCUUUACUACCACAAAGCUGAUGUAUCGAUACGUUUAG